AUGACUACCGAGCACACCCACGCUGUUGUCAGCGAGCAUUCCGACGACGCGCAGGGGCCUCACAAGACUGUUGCCUCGCCCCCAUCGACGAUCCCUGUAAUCUCAGAGAACCGUUUUCGCAGCUUACCUGCUCACCGUCGGGUCAACACUGAAUACAUCCCACGAGCUCCGCUUUUCGAAGAGGACUUCGAUCCGAGAUCCGAAGUUCGUCCACACACUCACUCGACCCUCUCGUGGAUCGACACCUUUCCCAAAAAGAAACUGGAAGCUCGAGCCAGAAUCCUAUCAGAUUGGUUCCAGGGCAAGCCGGAGCCAGUGGAUCCAGGGGUCACAACACACCCCGGGGAUUCUGACUCUGAGAUAGAGCCUCACCGUCUGGCGCCCAUGUCACACGCGCGCAAAAACACGACCUCGGGGACAGGUCGAUUCUCCUUCUUCGGUCUGCGACGGCAGACGGAGAGCAAGCUUGACCCCCGGACCCGAUCGACGAUGACUACGACCAACGAUGCAGCUCUAGAUGCCUUGCGUGACCACGCCGACAUGGUGCUGCGGCGCAUGCAAGAAGCCUACAAGCAACGCACCUUUGCCAUGCAUCAGGCACUGGUUGACAAAAACGACAAGCUGGAGGAGCUCGAGGAGACCCGAUCACGCGUCGACCAUCUCAAGUCCCAGCUGGAUGGCAUGGCCGCCAAGGUGAUGGAACAGGAGAAAGCCAUGCAGGCCAUGGCCGAAGAGUUGGAACAGGAGAAACAGCUCCGACGGCGGGAUAAUACCCGCAGUCGCAGCCGCACCAUGCGAGGGAAGCCCACCGAUGACGAUAUCCCUUCCCUUGUGCUGCAGACUCCGCACCGUGGCGGCAAGCGUGCCAGCCAUGGCACUUUGACGAGCGACUCCGGCUUUGAGUCAGGCGAUGAGAGCGUCGCCGACAGCGUUUUCUCGCAGCGCGAGGGCGUCGAGUCUCCGACCUCUACCCUCACUGCACCGUCUCCCAACCUGUCCCAGGUUGCCCUGUCCACGCCCGGCUCGACGCCCGCACCUGCUGUCCAGAAAAACCUCGCCUCAACUAUGAUGCCGCCGCCGCCUCCACGUUCCUCGACCUACGAACGAGUCAUCAAGGGCCUUGCCUCGACGCGUCUUGGUAGCUCUCUCGGGAACUCGUCCCAGUGCAGCAACUGCCACGGUGUCCCGGCGUCAGAAGCAUGGAGUGUUAUGGGGGUUCUGAAGGAUGAAAACAGGGGGUUGAAAACGCGACUAGGGGAGUUGGAAUUGGUGAUCGAAGACUGUCUGUGUCUCGUUGGUCCUUGA